AGGAUAAAUAUGUUGGAAAGAUGUUUAUAUAUAGUUUCACAUUCACUAAUGCUGAAUGAUUUAACUUAUUGUGUACUGCUACCUCUACCUUUAUUAAUUAGGUUAGCUAUUAGCAAAAUAUUGAAAAUAAGCAAUUGCAAAUACAAUACGAUAAAGUUCCUGUAUAUGCAAAUCAAAAAAAGAAAACAAGAUUGUCUAUUUCUUAAGUCAAAAUUUGAGAAAUGGCUUAGGGCUUAUAGUUGGGAAUAAAAUGGAACAACAAAAAAAAAUGGAAAAAAUGCUGCAAUGAAUAACUAAAUUAAAAUAAUGCAUGUAAUGUUGCUACAAAUGUUAAUAAUGAGUUGCAAUCGCAACUAUUGUCAGCACAUGAAAUAUACAUCAUAGAUAUUGUAUGCAAAAUAAAUUUGUUAAAGUUUGUAUGAAACACGAAACAUGCACAUGAUGUGACAGACAUAAAAAAGGAUUGCUUUACAAUGUUUACACUCAAGUUCAGUAAACUCCAACAUAGCCUAUAUAUGUAAGUUUACAAUAAAAUGAUCUUAAUAAUUAAUAUUAAUACAAAAGUUAAAGUUAUCAAUGUAAUUUAAACAUCACAUACGUACAUACAACAUACAUCAUGCUUAUAUUGUAUUUGUCAGUUUUGAUAAAUGUUUAAGAUUUAUAUAUACAAAAAUAUAAAUCUAAAAAUAGAUCAGUUUGAUGUAUAUAUACUGUAGCAGACAGCAACAUUUGAAGAAAAUAAAUAUUGGUUUUAUUAAUAGUUUACCCAAACGGUUAAACUGUGCAGUGUAAUUGUUUGCAAAUGGAAAUAAAGCAGUGGUUAGGGUUAAGGUUAGUGAAUGAUGUACUGAGCUUUAACAUGCAUGAUUUCAAAAGAUGCGAAAUUUUUAAAUAAAUGACUCCACACUUGACAGAAUGAAAUAACAUACAUUCUACACAACAAAUAACACUUCAGGUGCAAAAUUCAAUAAAAUACGUACGCUAACUACUGGCUUCUGUCUUCUGUUAAACAACUUUUCAAAUUUCCGCCAGAAAUAAUUGAAAAUAAAAAUGUUAGUUUUAAAUAAACUGAAAUGUCCUGGAAGCCGAAAUAUUGAUUUGGUGAGACAUUUAGAGAAACCACAAUCAGGGUAAAUAGCAGCCAAUUUAGUACGCAUCAAAACUGGCUAAAAUAUGUAAACAGUGUUGAGUAGAGUAAUAAGAUAUAUGCUUUAAAUAAAAUUAAAAUAGGUAAACAACACACAAUUUUUAUUAUGUAUUUUUACUCUGAAUAAGUAAAAACAUUUUAAAUAGAUCAAAGAUAUUUAACCCAUCAUACAUAUCAAUAUCAUAAUCUAAGGUCUUAGUAGGGCACUAUAGCAAUAAACUUUUAACAAAAACUGCUGCGUACGUGCAGAAAUCUGCAGAAUAAUUGAAGUUUCGCAACUUUGUGAGCAAUGUAUGACACGGCAAGUUUUAAGACUGACGAUUGUGCUUAGUCACGUUCGUAAUUUCCGCUUUACUCACUUAGUAACUACCGGUAACUACUAUAAAUGCUGCCAAAUUAAUUCAGACAAUACGUGCGCCAUGUUAAUUCUUUAUUGUCAGCUAUUUAAAUACCUACGGUACUUUAAUAUCCGCAUGACCUUAAAGAGUAUGCAACUUAUCCACCGCAGACUCCCAGAAGUAAAGGUUAAUCAAAUACAAAUGUCAAACCAUAGAAGUUUACUGAUGCAGUAACCGACACAACCGAUUCCUGUUUUAACAUUUGGGCUGCUACUGGUUGGUGGUUAAGUAUACAUCCAGUUAUUUAUCUUUGCAUUGGCAAUGGUAACGAAAUGUUUUAUUUGUUUUUACAUUUGUAAACCCCGAAGAAAACGCGACAUUAAAAAACGAAACAUUAUUCUUUAUAAAUCACUUCAAAGCAAUUAUGAGGUGGGAAUAUAUACUUAAAACGCUUCGCGUAAAUGCUAAAAAAGAUACAAUUUAUCUUUAAUAUACGGGUUUGUUCUUCUAAAUAUGGUUUGCAGGGUUUAAAUUAUGACUUUGGAAUACGUUACACUUCGUCACCCUUUUAACCGGAGUUCCCCUCAAAAGUUUUGGUUACACGGACCAGUAACGUUGUAUGCGAUGUAUUCUACUAGUUCCGUUUUCUUUUAAACGGUAUGUGAGAAGAACGUGUAUGAGCCUAUUGUUUUACAGUUUCAAAUAACGCCAGCUGUAAGAUAAAGUGUAGGCUACUGUUGUAAAUUGUAUCAUAUUUUAAUGUCUUAUACUUGUCGAGUUUGCGGUUUUCUUCUUUAAAUUUCAUAACAGUUAAUCGAACAAUUGCAUGUAUUAAUGCAAGAGCAUUCAUGCACCAAACAAUGAGACGAAAACAUGUGAAACAGCGGAACAUAGCUUUGCAGGAAAAGGAGACAAAGUUGUCAAGCAACAAAGAAAGGAAAACGUAUCUUCUACGUGGCAACAGCUCGACUGUACCUUCAAUUAUUUUCUGCAUAGUUUUAGCGCUUUACACGUCAUCAAUAUAUCCAUCAGUACCCGGAGGCGAUUCAGGAGAACUCGUCAUUGCUGCACAUGAACUAGGGGUGGCGCACCCGCCGGGGUAUCCCCUCUUCACGAUGCUCGCAAAGUUAUUUCAAGUUAUACCAUCCAUAUCUCCUGUGUGGUCGGUUGGAUUUAUGUGUGCGUGUUUUGGUGCCGCGUCAGCCGCUGUUUUGUUUUCACUUCUACACAGAAUGACGGGUUCAGUUUUAUCCGGUGUAUUUACAAGUUCUGUAUUUGCGUUCUCUCAAUCAACUUGGAUGUGGUCGAUUACUGCAGAAGUUUUUUCGUUGAACAAUUUCUUCAUUGUAUCUUUGCUCUGGGUAACGAUACAGUUCAGUGAGCAAUCCCAGGAAAAGGGAAAGUACCCAGGGAAUAUCCUAUACACUGGAUGUUUCAUAUGUGGUGUCAGUUUGACCAAUCAGCACACAAUGGUGGUUUACGUCGCAUUUACAUCAUUGUGGGUUAUAUCGGUUUUAUUAAAAACAAAGGUUAUGGACAUAUACAUCCUUUCCAAAAUGGUAGCAUCAUUUCUUGUUGGCUUGUUACCUUACAUCUAUUUACCUAUUUCUAGUGUUUUCAGUAACGCAAGGUCUACUUGGGGUGACCACAGCAGUUUCUCAGCUUUUAUAAAUCACAUGUUAAGAAUUCAAUAUGGCAGCUUUCAGCUUGCUCAUGGAAUAAGUGCAGCAAAUUUUACCAACAAUAUUUGGGCUCAACUUAUGCACUGUACGAAUAAUCUAACUAAUACUGUGGUUAUUUUAGCUGUGAUAGGAGCAAUGGUGGGGCAAAGAGCAACUCGACUUGCGUUUCACCAACCCAUAUUUCUAUGGUUUGCUAUGAUGCUUGGUUACUCAGCAUUCUUUGCUUGGCUUGCAAACUUAGAUCCCAAAGAUCCUUUAUACUAUGGAGUGAUGGAAAGAUUUUGGUUGCAAUCUGAUAUCAUUGUAUGUGUCCUAGCUGGUCUGGGACUCUCAACUUUACUGAAGGAAACCAAGCACUGUGACGUGAUUAGCAGUGGCUUCACUUCUUUACUGGAUAGUAUAAAUGGACUCAAAAAAUAUUGUGUCCAGUUUCUCGCAAUCAGUGUCGUACUUUUUCAGGUUUUGCGAAAUAUUGAAGUUUGUAACCAAAGUAAAAACACUGUUGUUCGUGACUUUGCAAUAAACAUUAUCCAAAGUUUACCAAAUAAUUCAAUCAUGGUUGGCAAAGGAGAUCUGACGGUGAACUCGGUUAAAUAUCUCACCCUGUGUGAGGGCGUUAGACCUGAUCUGCGCUUCGUUGAUGUUGAAAUGAUGACCAUUCCUUGGUACAUUCACAAAAUUGGUCGUCCUUUCCUUUCAAAACAAGGUGUCAUAUUUCCUGGAGAUAAAUACCAUGCCGUACCCGGCUUACAUACUGAUGGUAAAGUUGGAUUUAAUAUGAAGAUGUUUUUUGAUGCAAACAAAGGUCAAGACAUCUUCACAUGCAUUGGUUUACGUAGUGAAGAUACAUCAUGGAUAAAUGAAUAUAGGUUGUUACCAUGGGGAUCUUGCCAAAGAGUUGUGCACAUGUCUGAAACAUUUGAUCUUAAAGACUACAUAAAUUUGCACGUCAACAUCUACAACUGGUCUCUCCCAUACCGAUUACCUGACUCCCAUAAACGGGCAAGAGAGACCAACUUCCCAUGGUCGUCAUGGGAACGGGUGGCAAAUGAGGAAGCGUGGUUGGCACGUGGAAGAGCUGCUUUCUAUUUUCUUAAUAUGGCUGAAGAUAUAAAGAAAGCAGAGAGAAAAAUUCCAGAGAAUAAAGAGAUAUGGAUGAACAAAAAGAAAGAGUUGUUUUUUGCAGCAUAUAAGGGUUUUAAAAUGAUCAUUGAAAACAAAUAUCAUAAAAACCCAGUCACACUUGGCAAGCCUCCAUACCACACUACACCAGUUCCAAUUACAUGGCACAAGAACCUGGCACUAGCUGCGGCACGAUGCCAUGAGAUGAUGCCACAUGAACAAAAUUAUGCCUUGGAAAGUUUAAAACAUUUUAAAAUUUACCUGCAAUUAACGGAGGCUUACAAUGAACUUGAUCAUGAGGCCGAAAAUAUCAGUAAUUACAUUAAGCACUUAGAGAAAAUAAUACCAAAACUGAAAGAAAACAUAAAGUAGCAAAAACCAGAGGUUACAGAAAUAUUGAUAAAAUAUACCAUCUGACACAAUAUGUAUAUAUGUAGGCUCCAACACUAUCCGUUAUCUUCUGUCAAUAUUUUGAAAUGAAUAUGUUUACCUUUCAAAUUUGUACGUGCCUUUUAAGCCAUAUAUAAAAUUUGAUAAUCCUGGAACUACAAAACUACCUGUAAACUUAUAAGCUGGUACGAGGUGUAUUAAACACUUGACGUAUAACGACUUUUGUUGCCAACAUGAUAUUCACCUUUGUAAAAAUAUUGUAAUUAGUGCACUUAUUAAAUUUAUUCUUUACAGCUUUUCUAUAUAAACAUUAUAUCUUGCACUUUAGAUUUCUGUUGCACAUUAGAUUCUUAUACAUAUUGCUGUGUAAAAAGUUCAAUCUUAAUAAAUUGAAACUGCUUCAGUAUAAUGACCUGACUGCAUCUUUUUUCUUUACUUAAUUUAAAACCUAUGUAUUGAUACAUUAGGAGUUCAAUAAUUUAUCAAAAAAAACCACACUUAUUUAGUUGUAUCAGUAUGCUGUAAACCCCUUAAUCCUCAUGUACAUUCCCUUCAACAAUCGCUCUUGGUAAGUGAUUUAAAUACAGGUUUAUUAUGGCAUGUCCUGUAUCAUCUCAGUUUCCAGUCCUAUUGGCUAACAACAAUACUUUGAAACUAACUAAAUUUUCUAUAUUUUUCUACUUCACAUUAAUUUAUCAUGACAACACUAUUGUAUGUUGGUUGGUGAAAACUAACAAAUUCUCAUUGUACUACUUAUAUUUGUGCAUUUUGAAGUAACAAUACAGACUUUAAAGUUAAAACAGAAUCACCAUCAACCUAUAUGCAUUUCAGA